CUCUCAGCGCCUGGAGGAUUAUGGCUCAGAGCGGCCCGCUGACGCUUGAGGAGGCACAGGGAGGGACUUACCUGCUGCUGCUAUUGUCGGGAACGGCGCUUCCUCCGCCUGCCGCCUCUCCUCUCUCUUUCCCCGAAGGCCGUUCCGAAUUGCGCAUCCUGGAAUCCAUCUAAGUGACCCGGUCGAGGGGGCUGCUUCUUUUCGCCUCGAAAGGAAAACUUUCAGCUGUCCGAACACGCGGAUUAUUAUCAAAUCAGCUGAGACGCGCGUCGAGGGUGUGGUCUUGUGGCGACUAUACCACGGAGGGAAGGGCAGAGUCGCCUCAAACCGCCAGGUGACUGCCCUUGAAGAAUAUUUGGGAAUUACAACUGGUCCAGAAUAUGACUCGCUUAUUUACCAUUUCCUGACAUUGGAAUCAUUUAACACCAAUUCUGUGGACCCUGCAUUGAUUACUGGACACUAUUACAGGGUUGUUAACUAAUGGUGUCUGAAAUUGAUUGGGAUGCUUGUUACAAACCAUCUUCUGAAGACUCUGCAGUCAUGGAUACUUAAUUAAGAUCAGCGAUGUCUAUCCACAUGCUAUGCAGUGAUAUGCUACUCAUGUUGAAAAGGAAAUUUAAUAUGGUCUAGUAGAAUUGACCAUUGAAGAGCUUAUGAUGUCCACAGGUACAAGUGGGAAAAAAUCCCAUCAGGCUGUGAGCCUAGAAGGAGUUGACCCAGAAACAUGCAUGAUAGUAUUUAAAACCCACUGGGCACAGGUUGUAAAAAUUUUAGAGAAGCAUGACCCUUUAAAAAAUAUUCAAGCAAAAUAUGGGACAAUUUCUCCAGAUGAGGCCAGCACUGUGCAGAACUAUGUAGAGCACAUGCUCUUCCUUUUAAUUGAAGAACAGGCAAAAGAUGCAGCAAUGGGACCUAUCCUGGAGUUCGUGGUUACAGAGAAUAUCAUGGAAAAGCUCUUUCUUUGGAGUCUCAGGCGGGAAUUCACUGAUGAGAUGAAAAUUGAGCAACUGAAAAUGUAUGAAAUGCUUGUCACACAGUCUCAUCAGCAGCUGCUGCAUCACAAACCCAUCCUAAAACCAUUAAUGAUGUUGCUGAGUUCUUGCUCAGGAACUACCACACCAGCCGUUGAAGUAGAGCUGGUGAUUCUUCUCAACCAGCUAUGCUCAAUCCUAGCCAAAGAUCCAUCUAUCUUGGAACUUUUUUUCCAUACCAGUGAGGACCAAGGAGCUGCAAACUUUCUAAUCUUUUCUCUCUUGAUUCCUUUUAUACAUCGGGAAGGGACUGUUGGCCAACAGGCCCGUGAUGCAUUACUUUUUAUAAUGUCUCUUUCUUCAGAAAGCUGUGUGGUUGCUCAUCACAUAGUAGAGAAUACUUAUUUUUGUCCGGUGCUAGCAACAGGCUUAAGUGGUCUAUAUUCAUCUUUGCCUACAAAGCUGGAAGAUAAUGGAGAAGAAUGGCACUGUCUUCUAAAAGACGACUGUUUACUUUCGCCAGCUCUUGUACAAUUUAUGAAUUCUUUUGAGUUCUGCAAUGCAGUAAUUCAGGUGGCACAUUCUUUGAUUCGUAACCAGCUUGUGAAUUAUAUUUAUAAUGGAUUUUUGGUUCCAGUUAUGGCCCCAGCUCUCCACAAGGUAACAGUGGAAGAAGUGAUGGCUACAACUGCAUACCUAGAUCUCUUUUUGCGGAGCGUUUCUGAGCCAGCCUUACUCAAGAUAUUUCUUCGUUUCAUCCUUCUGCACCGUCAUGAGAAUGUACAUAUCUUGGACACUCUUGCAAGCCGGAUAAAUACUCCAUUUCAGCUUUGUGUGGUGUCCUUGGCAUUAUUCAAAACACUUAUCAGUUUGCAUUGUGAAGAUGUGAUGUUGCAGCUAGUUUUAAGGUACCUGAUACCCUGUAAUCACAUCAUGUUCAGCCAGAGAUGGGCUGUGAGAGAGAGAGAUUGGUAUUCUGUAUCUGCUGCUAAGCUGCUUGCCUUGACUCCUGUCUGUUGUUCAAGUGGCAUUACUCUGACUUUUGAAAAGCAAGAAAAAGAUUAUAUUCUCUGGAAGAAAAGUAAUCAUGGGGAAGAUUCCACCAAGGAGCCCUCUAGGAAGAGCAUUGCAGAUUCCGCAUGUAUUGUGAAAUAUGGGAAAACUAUUGAUAUCAGUUACCUGCAGUACCUUUGGGAUGCUCAGACUCUCAUACUGCACUGUAUGAAAGAUUGUGAAGUUUGGUCUGCUCCAUACGAUGGGGAAAAUCCCAGUCCACAUACCUUUAUCCAAACUUCGGUUGAAGAAGAUGGUAAAAGCCUAGAUCAGCCUAUUUUCCAACUGCAACACAGAACACCUAGUAAUCAUGUCUCUUCUCAGGUGAGACCAUUGAGAGAAAAGACACAACUGGAGCUGGAAUGGGAUGAUAGUUAUGAUACUGGGAUCUCUCCGGAUUCUGAUACAGGAUCUCUCCAGCAUGAUGACGAGUUUAAUACCCAACCUCCUGCAGAACCCCCAAAGCACAUUCAAGAAAUGAAGAAAAAUGCUAUCAUGUUGAUCAAAGGAUCGUACAUAGAAGAAUCAGACUUUCAGGAUGAUAUCAUGGUCUAUAGGCUGUGCGCUGAAAAGGAUGCACAGGAAGCAGACCGCUUAAAGGAGAAACCUUUAAUCUCAGAAACUGCAGAUGUAGACAAUCCAGAUGCUAUCUCUACCAAUGGCCCUCUAGAAAGUCCCACAUCGGAUUUAAACUUGGAGGAGCGCAAUAUGAAAAAUUUAAACCUGAUCCAACAAGCAAAAGAUGAAACCCAAAGCAGCAUUGAUGGAAUGACUCUGCAACCUGAUUUGGAACAGACACUGUCUUCUCCGGAAGGAGAUCAUAACACUAACAUGAAGUUGUUGAGUCCUGACAGUGAAGAUUUUAUUUCCGAAUGUGAUAACAUCAUUAAAGAAUUGGAUUCAAACUGUACAGGCUUGGUAGAACUGAAACUGCUGAUUCCUGAUCCGGUAUCCCCUAUUGAAGAGGAAGAAGAUUUUGAAAACUUUUCAGCAGAUACUCCAUCAGCAGAAAGUGUGCCCUCACCCUUUGGGUUAAAAGAUGCCUGGCCCAGCAACCCUGCAAGAGUCCAAAAUAUCCCAUUUACAGGCCCAUUUAUCAGCGUGGUGCUAUCAAAACUGGAAAACAUGUUGGAAAACUCCUUGCAUGUGAAUUUGCUGCUUAUUGGAAUAAUUACUCAUCUGGCCAGUUACCCACAACCUCUUCUUCGUUCCUUUUUGCUUAAUACAAAUAUGGUAUUCCAGCCUAGUGUGCGGUCUCUGUACCAGGUGCUGGCAUCUAUAAAGAAUAAAAUUGAGCAGUUUGCUUCCAUUGAAAAAGAUUUCCCUGCUCUCUUGAUACAAGCACAAAAGUACCUGCUUUUACGAGUAGAUGCACUGGAUAUUCCUUUAGAAUCAUUAACUAAAGACAAUGGACAGCAGAAGAGUGUCACAGAAAAGGUUAAGAACCUCUCAGAGGCAUCCCAAGCCCUCCUCCAGACUUACUUGGGAAAUAAAGCAAGAAAAGGCUCUGGUCUUCCCAACGUCCCCUUGCACAUUCCAAACACCAUCCUUGCGGCAGCCCUCUUCCCAGAGUUUCUCAAGGAACUAGCAGCUCUUGCACAGGAACAUUCGAUUCUGUCCUCUAAAGUAUUGGGUGAUCUUGAGGAUUACUACCCAUUCUAAAACAUUUUAAAAAUGUUCUCACAUUUGUUUUAAAUGCAGAACUACUUACGAAACAAAUUUGACCUUCAUAUUCCUGGUAUUACUUGAUUCAGGAGAAGUUGUUACUUUUUGGGUUGUGUCUCAUUUUCAUAAGAAAUUGAUUAGUAAUGAAGCCAAUACUUUAUUUAUGUCUUUGAUUUGGCUGACUUUCAGGUUUUUUCUUUUACACUUUGCUGUUAUGACCCUCCGGGUUAGAAAGAUACAGUUAUAUGCAAACAAGUAAAAAUCUUUUAUCUCUCUCUCUUUCUUGCAAAGAUUCAUUAAGUCCAGCAUGACAAUCCAAUAAGACGAUCGCUGUCAAAAAGGAAGCUAGCAAUUUUCUCUACCAAUCUUCUAGCAGUGAUUAGAUUUGUGAAUCCAAAUGGAUUAAUUCUAAGCCUGUGAUUUGCUGAAAGCAGAUGGUGGUGCUGAACACAUACCAUGUUGCCUUAUGUUGUGGACAUGUCUGGUAUUCUAAAGUUAGGGAGGGGUCAAACUUGAUUUCAUUGAGGGCUGCAUCAGAGUUGUGUUUGACCUGUGAGGGGGCAGUGGGCUCCGUUUUUGCUGGCAGAGGGCAGCAGGAGACUGUUGCAGCUGAAAACAGAGCCCGAGAAGGCCGUGCACAGUCCUCGCAAACUUCAUUUUCGCUGGCAGAGGCACUGGACUGGUCCUUCACUGUUUCCAGGGCAGCCCCGUGGACCAGCUUAGAUCUGGAGUUUGACACCCCUGCUCUAAGCUGCUGACUUCUUUGACAUUUAGAUAAAAUGUAUACAGUAACUGGAUGUUAAGUGCAGACUGCAGAGUAUUUUCUUGCCAUUUCUUGGCAUUUAAAAAAAAAAUAUUAUAUUGCUGCUAAAAAAAACCUUAAGCCUUAUUUUAAUAAAAUUUGCACAGGGCAAAAUAUUUCUAUGCAAGCUAUAACUUUUUUUUUUUUUUGCAGAAUACGUUUGUAAACUUUUGUUGACAAGCUAAAAAGAAAAAGGUUUUAAUAGUCUUAGGAAUAUAAUUAUUCCUAAAACUUGUGAUUGUAUAUUUUGUAAGUCAGUUUAAAAAAAAUGAAAACGGUAAAUUUCCAAAUGGUUUUUAAUGAAAUUUUAUUUGGUUCAAGAAAAUCUUCAUGGUACAUUCGUACGUUGGUUAAAUCUUUCUGAUGUACACUGAUCUGUUGCAAGAUGGCACUUUAUAGACGUGACUUUAAUAUAUUGCUCUACUAGAAUUAGAAGAAAAAAGAUUGUUUUCUGGGAUAAAUACAGUGCAACCUGUUACAAUUGGUGUAGAAUUCCUUAAGAACAUUUUCUUUUUUGAGUAAUGAGACCCAUUAGAAGAGUCCAGACAUGAUGAAUUGGUAUAUUAUAGCUGCAUUCCAGGUUGCGCUACUAAGAGUAAUUGUCCUUCCAGUGGUGAAGCUACCUUUGAGCAAUAAGUGGUUGAACAAUUGAAAGUCUUCAUUUUCUUUUUCAUUGGUGGAAAGGAGAAGCUAUUUUAGAACACGUGAAAAAAGGGCAUAAAGACAAAGCUGGAAAAAAACCUUUUCAUCUGUUUUUAAAUUAUAUUUAGAAGAACUAAUAAUUGCAGGGAGAAUUUGUAAUUCCUUUGGUAAGAGUUAAUAUAGCAUCUCUAAGCAUAGAAAGUAAAGGAGAAUCUGCCUUUGUAUUUGAUGAUUCAUCAAAAUAUUGCAGGAUAUAAAAACCUUCAUAUAGUCUGUCCUAAUUUUCAUGUUUGCUCAUACCGUAUCUCAGGUCUUUGCCCUUCCUUUGACUGUAGCGACUUGGGCAUUUUUCUUUAGACCUGAAUUUGUUCUCCAUAGCAAUUAUUUUGUGUAUAAUUACUCCAGACUAAGGAAAGAACUUAAGUAAUUUAAGCGCUAUACCGAUUAGUAGUCAGUUGAAGCCAGAAUGGUUCCUUUUUGAACUGAUGGGUAAAGAGUUAAAAAAGAGCAAUGGAAGCAUUAUUUUGAUAUACAGGUUUUCCUCGAUUUGCAACCAUUUGUUUAGCAACUAUUCAAAGUUACAACGGCACUGAAAAAAAAGUGACUUGUGAUCGGUUUUCACACUUAUGACCAUUGCAACAUUGCCACAGUUACGUCAUCGAACUUUGGUUGCUUGGCAGCCUGCAUGUGUUUAUGAUUCUGGGGUCCUGGGGUUAUCAUUUGCAACCAACUUAGAAAGCAAAGUCAAUGGGGAAAGCCAGAUUCGCUUAACAAAUCACCUGUUUCACUUAAUAGCUACAGUGAUUCAUUUAACAACCAUGGCAAAAAGUUCGUAAAAUGGGGCCCAACUCAUUUAACAGUUGUCUUGCUUAAGCAAUCGAACUUUUGGGCUCAAUUGUCAUAAAUCAAGGGCUAUUAUAAAGGCAAGAUUACUAUAGGCACAGUUUUGCUAUCAUGGAGGAAUGGUUGUUGAAAUUGGUGGAACUUGCCUAGAUGAUCAAAUUCACUUCUUUGAUUAGAAAAAAGGAUAAUAUCUACAUUUUUUGGUAACCUUAUUGAUUUUUUUAAUAUAGAAAAUGAUUUUGUGAUUUACGGUUUGAAGAUUAAAAGUUAAAGAAAAAAGGGAAUUUAUGAUUAUGUCAGUAGAGAGAGGCUUUAUUAGAAUUAUAUAUAUAACUGCAGAGGAGGAGAUUGGAAGUCACUUCUUUUGUUUUCUGUUUUUAUUAUUUUUUUCUCUUUCCUUUAUUUUUCACAUUUACUAAUUUUUUCUUUGAAUGUAUUUCUUAUUAUGUAUGUAAAAGCUUUUUAAUAAAAACUAUUUUGAAGAAAGUAA